AGAUUAUUUAUAUAGUUUCGAACUUAUCAUAGAUAUCUUCUUAACAGGCAUUUUUGGGCAUGAUGAGUAAUAGCAUCAUCUUUUCUAUUUAUCUUGGUUUUAGUGGGAUAUCUUUCAAAUGUCCCUGUCCUCUUAACGCAAGUUUAUUCUGAGAAUCUUAGCGCUUGAGAUAUAUGUUAAUGGAGUUUACCUUGUUCUCCUGAUAAACAUCUUUUGGAAUUAUUCUUUUAAUAAAUGCCUUUAUGUUGUAUGAUACUGCAAAUUGCAUAGAAAAUUGGCAUUCCUCCAGAGUAUACUGAAUGUAAUUAGUUGUGAUGAUUUUUUUAAUGUAAAAAUUAAAUUAAUCAUUUUGGAUUGAAACUUAGCUUGGAUCAUUUGAACUCUGUUUAAGUUGUUACCUUUAAAGGAGGAACAGCUGGCCUAUUUUGUCUUUGAAGCCAAAGAAAGCUGACAAAAUGUUGUUUUCUUUAAUGCCUUUGAUCUUAACUAUUUUCCAUGUUGGAUUGAUCGAUGAAAAGAUAUGUCUAAUUACUUGUUAGAAUGUGGAAUCUUCAUUCUGUUGCCAAUAUGAACCUUGAAGUUCAUGCCAUUGGUUGGGCUUCUACAACCCGUUGAUAGCAUUCUUCCAGGAUUCCUAUAAAUUGCGGAGACAGAACAGUUGGAGCUAGAAAGGAGGCACUUGAAGAUGGGUAAUGCUAUAACAUUGAUAGUUCUACUAAUUAUUUUAUGUGGAUCAGCAUAUGGAAGGAGAUCAAUGCCAUAUCCAAUGAAAGGUCUGGAUGUUGCGACUGCAGUGGCCCCAUCUGCCAGUGAUGGGAUUUGCAAAACACUGGUGGAGAUACAUGGAUAUCCUUGUGAAGAACAUACAGUAACUACAGAAGAUGGAUUUAUCCUUGGCCUACAGAGAAUUCCUGCGGGGGCAUCUGGUGGGACUCCAGCAAACAAGACACCAGUUCUAUUACAACAUGGUAUACUAAUGGAUGGAGCAGUGUGGGUGAUGUUACCUACAGAUAAAGCUUUGGCAUUCCUCUUGGCAGAUGAUGGAUUUGAUGUGUGGGUUGCCAAUACAAGAGGAACUGAAUCUAGCAGUUUACACUCAUCGCUUAGUCCAGAUGAUCCAGCUUUCUGGAAUUGGUCAUGGGAUGAAUUAGCAGGUUUUGAUCUUCCUGCUACAUUUCAGUAUGUGCACAAUCAAACUGGACAACAGCUGCACUAUGUUGCUCAUUCACUGGGAACUUUGACUGCUCUGGGUGCCUUUUCCAAAAAUCAGUUGGUGGACAAGAUGAGAUCAGCUGCCUUGCUUGGACCUGUUGCCUACUUGGGUCAGAUACCAUCUCCUUUUGCAAAAGCAGCUGGUGAUGUUUUACUUGCCAAUACAUCAUUCUGGUUGGGUGUUGCCGAAUUUGAUCCAAUUGGGGCCGCAGCCAAGACACUUGUCGAUGAUGCCUGCAAAACACCAGGUGUUGACUGCAGCGAUUUGUUAACAGCCUACACAGGUCCCAACUGCUGCCUGGACAGAUCCGUACUUGGUGUUUUCUUGGAUCAUGGGCCUCAGUCAACAUCAACAAAGAACCUCAUCCACCAGUCUCAGAUGAUCAAAGCAGGAACCAUAACAAUGUAUGAUUACAACAAUGGAGAUGAAAACAGGAAACAUUAUGGACAGGCUACACCACCAGUGUAUAAUAUGACAGACAUUCCAAAUGAUGUUGCCCUCUUCCUUGGGUGUGGAGCAAAGGAUUAUCUUUCUGAUACCAAAGAUGUGCAGCUAUUGCUGGAUAAUCUCAAAGAUCAUGUUAAAGAUAAACUGGUGGUUCAGACCAUUGAAAAUUAUGCUCAUUUAGAUUUCAUUUUUGCUGAAAAUGUUAAGGAAGCUAUAUAUGAUCCUCUUAUUGCUUUCUUGAAACUUCAUUGAAGAUAUUGCUUGGAAAGAAUCCUCCUCUGGCAAGUUGAGCCGCUUGCUGUUUUCUUUCCCCUUGUAUGCUUUGAGUGGUUGCGUGAUGAUAAAUAAAACUGCUACUUUUAUUUCAAUAAAAUUGAUCACCAAAUUUGCUGGCA